UCACAAUCAAUUCGCGCGCGUAUGGCUCGUUCGGUUGGUGGACAAAAGGAAAAUUCACUACGCGAUACAAUCAGUGAUAGCUAAAUACAUACAUGCAUAAAUAAAUAUUUAAAUAUAGGCAUAGGAUAUAGGUGUAUUUUGUAGAAAAUUUACGUUCCACCUAACCCACGUUUAAUUAACAUUAAAACAUACGGCUAUAAAGAUCAACGCAUGCCUCGCUUGAUGUUCACGAAGUGACGGUAUUUUUCCAAACACGUGUGGAAAAGUGAAAAAUCGAGUAUUCUUUUAUAAAUUUCGAAAGACGAGCUAAUUUAUUCGGACCGCAAACAUGACUUCUAUUCUGAACAUGGUCAGGAGGAAUCAAAAAUACGCCAAUGAGAAACUCAUUGGCGUGCGACAUAUUCAAUGCAUCCUUAGCUUCUUCUGUUUGUCACUCGCGUACGCGUUGCGCGUAAACCUCAGCGUUGGGCUCGUGGCCAUGACCGAUAAGGACGAUUUUAAUGAGACCGAGAUCCUUGGCAAUAAGCCACGGUUCCUAGGCAUCGACAUUAAUUACUAUGACUUCACCGAGACGCAAAAAUCAUUGAUGUUGAGCAGCUUUUUCUGGGGCUACAUAUUCACACAAGUACCGGGCGGCUAUAUCGCCCAGCGUUACGGUGCCAAGAUGAUCCUGUUAGUGGGCCUAAUAAUUUGCUCCAUAUUGACAAUUCUGACGCCAUUUGUUAUUGCUCUUGGAGGCUGGCAGGGACUAUGUGCGGUGCGUGCAUUGGAGGGCCUUACGCAGGGCGCUGUCCAUCCAGCAACCCAUACGUUGUUGGCCAAAUGGUCACCAGCUAAGGAUCGCGGCAUGCUCGCUACCAUUUGCUAUUCUGGAGCUCAGUUCGGCACGAUUCUAAUGCUGGGCACAAGUGGCAUCAUUGCUGAGUCAUUUAUGCGCUGGCCGGGCAUCUUCUACAUAUCUGGCAUCUGCGGUUUUCUGUGGGCGGUGUUUUGGUUUUUCUUCGCUGCCAGCACGCCCGAUAAGAAUCGUUAUAUUUCGCCAGAGGAGCUCAAGUAUAUUGAGGACUCGCGCAGUGCGGGCAAGGUGCACGCCGGAACUGAGUUAGCUCCCACACCCUGGUUUGACAUAUUCAUCUCAAUGCCAUUCCUCUCUCUACUUGUCGUUCACUGCACACACAUGUGGGGAUAUUGGACACUCCUCACCCAAAUACCCAGUUACUUGAAGAAUAUUUUCGGAGUGGACAUGAAGUCGAGUGCAUUGCUGUCUUCACUUCCUUAUGCGGUUAUGCUUGUUCUGAGCUUCUUUUUCGUGUGGAUAUCUAAGCUGCUGCAGAAAAAAGACUCGCUGUCUUUAUCCUUUAAUCGCAAGCUCUUUAAUUCAAUCGGCCAUUGGAUACCCAUGAUCUCGCUCAUCGCUUUGGGCUACGUGCCGUCCAAUCACUCAAACGUGGCCGUGGCUCUCCUGACGAUUACUGUGGGCAUCAGUGCAGCCACUUACCUGGGCUUCCAAGUUAAUCACAUUGAUCUGUCGCCAAACUAUGCAGGCACAUUGAUGGGCAUUACGAAUGCUGCGGCAAAUAUUGCAAGUGGCAUUGCUCCAUUGGCCUCGGGGGCCAUAGUCCAGGAUCCGAAAAAUAUUAAUGAGUGGCGUCUAGUGUUCUUCUUGGCUGCAUUCUUCUACUUUAUCGGAAACUUGAUGUUCGUGGUGUUCGGAAAGACCGAUGUGCAGUGGUGGGACUCGCCCAACGAUCUAUCUAUAUCUAUCUAUAUAGAACAAGAGGUGCCUCUGACAACGAAAAAGGAACAAGAGCGCAAUAAUGCCUAGGAUACCAAAGGCACUCAUUCAGACUUAAGAUUAAAGACUCUCCUCACCAUGUUAGUGCUUUUACAUAUGUAAAUAUGGACUUAAAUGAUUUUUUACUGUUAAAUAGAAAUUUAAAUGCCAUUGAUCGCGAA